AUGGCCUCAGAUUCUGCACCUCCCGUGGGCCCUGAGGCUCCGUCGACGAAACCACCUUCCUCCAAACCCCCGAAACGGCCCAAGAGACCAAACUACAACCACAUUCAUCGCCAUUUUCUCCCCAUCGAAGUCCAUCCGCUUCCUGUUUUAAUCCCCCACAAUCCUUUGUCAUUAGUUGCCAUUGCCCUCUCAUAUCUGGUCCAAGUCCUUUCUCCGCCCACUCGACCGACGUACAAUGGCUACUUCUCUUCGGCAACCUCCUCCAUCCACGUCACCGACCCGGACACGAUACGCAAACUAUGGGAAAUGGGGUUUUUUGGAAGAGGUAGUCUCAGCCGAAGUGAGCCAAAUUGGUUAGAGAAUAGAAAGAAGAAAGGCCGGACGGCCGAAGAGAACACAGCGUCUCGAAGGGAGCAAAGGAGGCAACUGAAACAAGAACGGGCACGGAAGGAGCAAGAAGAGAUUGAUCAGAAAUUGUCCGAGGAGUUGCAGCAAAACGGUAACGUUAUUGUCGAGUUGGACGACAGCGCUGAGCAGGAACCGGUGCCAGAGUCACAGCCGGACGGCGACGUCAAUCUCAAUCUCAGCCACACAUCCGACAAGCUGAAUUUGGAUCAGCUGCCUCAGAAUGGUAGUCUAAACAGCCACAUUAACGGCGUUCUCACGGAAAACGUUCUCAAAACAAAUGCUCAAAACAUCAGUGACAUUGGCAGUGUAUUAGAAUCAGCUAGCGGGACCCCAACGCCUGAGGCUGAAGAAGACAAGGAAAACGACUCAAUACAUGAAUUUGAGGAGUGGAAAAAGGCAAUCGAGGCAAAUGGGAUCCCAACCCCACCGCCUACAUCAACUUGUUCAGAUACAAGUCAAGCUGAAGGCCGGCCAGUGAAACGACUGCAAAGAACGAAAACGGUCCGAUUCUCUCCCACCAUCGAAGCACGCGAAUUUGACCUCAGUUCUCCCGUGAUAUCACCCAUCAAAAGUCCCGGCACCUCGCCGCUUGAAGAUGCCAUCCCGGAAGGCGAAAAGCCCGUUCAACAAGAAAACCAAGAGCACUUGAAUGUCUCACUUGAAGAGGCAUUUUUCCUCUCCUACGCCCUCGGUGUACUCGAUAUCUACUGCGAUGACAGCAAUACUGUCCUCCCUCCCACUUCUCUUCUCUCCCUCUUCCGCCGUCAUUCAUAUCACCCUCCCCGAUCCCUAUCUGUUCCCGCUGAGCCGGACGACCCUUUUAUGAUUUCUUACACGGUCUACCACCACUAUCGCUCCUUAGGCUGGGUUGUACGGAGUGGCGUCAAAUUUUCGACCGACUACCUCCUAUACAACCGUGGCCCGGCGUUCUCUCAUGCGGAGUUUGCUGUUGUCAUCAUCCCCUCGUACACCGAUCCGUACUGGACGGAAUCUACAUCGCCGGAGCAACGGAAAGCAAUUGAGAAGAAAACAAAUAAGAAGAGUUGGUGGUGGUUACAUGGAAUUAAUCGAGUACAGGCACAGGUGCAUAAACAGUUGGUGCUUUGUUAUGUGGAUGUCCCGCCACCAUUGAAAGAUGUAGAGAAGCGCAAGGACGUGGAUAUAGGCUUAUUGUUUUCAAGAUAUAAGAUUCGGGAUGUCAAUGUGAGGAGGUGGACGCCGAACCGCAGUCGAGAAUGA